ACUCGUGUAUGUCCGUCGGGGUUUGACUGGAGGCGAGUGAGGCUCCUGCCCCAGUCUCUCUUGUUUCUGGUCCCUCCUGCUCCAGUCCUUGCCAGCACAAUCCCCGGGACUCAGCAUCACUACAGGACCAGAAAGGGGCCACACUGGAUUGAGAUGGACCAGACGCCCCCAACCUACAUGCUUGCUAACUUAACCCUCUUACAUUCUGAACAGCUUCUGCAGGGUUUGAACCUUCUUCGUCAACAUCAUGAGCUCUGUGACAUUAUUCUUCGAGUUGGUGAUGUUAAGAUUCAUGCCCAUAAAGUGGUGCUUGCCAGCAUCAGCCCUUAUUUCAAAGCCAUGUUCACUGGAAACCUUUCUGAAAAAGAGAAUAAUGAAGUUGAGUUUCAGUGCAUCGAUGAAGCCGCACUGCAGGCCAUAGUGGAGUAUGCCUAUACGGGGACUGUGUUUAUUUCCCAGGACACAGUAGAGUCACUCCUGCCAGCAGCAAAUCUACUCCAAAUAAAACUUGUGCUGAAAGAAUGUUGUGCAUUUCUUGAAAGUCAACUUGAUCCUGGAAAUUGCAUUGGAAUUUCUCGUUUUGCAGAGACAUAUGGCUGUCAUGACCUCUAUUUGGCAGCUAAUAAGUAUAUUUGCCAGAAUUUUGAAGAUGUUUGUCAAACUGAAGAGUUUUUUGAGCUCACACAUGCAGAUUUAGAUGAAAUUAUUUCAAAUGACUGUCUUAAUGUUGUUACUGAAGAGACUGUUUUUUAUGCACUAGAAUCUUGGAUCAAGUAUGAUGUACAAGAACGUCAGAAAUACUUAGCGCAGCUGCUUCACUGUGUGAGAUUGCCACUGUUGAGCGUUAAGUUUCUUACUAGGUUAUAUGAAGCAAAUCAUCUUAUUCGUGAUGAUCACACAUGUAAACAUCUAUUGAAUGAAGCUCUAAAAUACCAUUUUAUGCCUGAACAUAGACUUUCCCAUCAGACUGUCCUGAUGACACGACCUCGCUGUGCUCCAAAAGUACUUUGUGCCGUAGGAGGAAAAGCUGGACUGUUUGCAUGUUUGGAAAGUGUUGAGAUGUACUUCCCUCAGAAUGACUCCUGGAUUGGUUUGGCAUCCCUUAAUACUCCUCGCUAUGAAUUUGGAAUAUGCGUUUUAGAUCAGAAAGUAUAUGUUGUAGGAGGCAUUGCAACUCAUAUGAGGCAAGGCAUCAAUUUCAGAAAACAUGAAAAUUCAGUGGAAUGCUGGGAUCCUGAUACAAAUACCUGGACAUCUCUCGAGAGAAUGAAUGAGAGCCGAAGUACCCUUGGAGUAGUUGUACUAGCAGGAGAACUUUAUGCCUUAGGUGGUUAUGAUGGGCAGUCUUAUUUACAGUCUGUAGAGAAAUAUAUUCCCAAAGUUAAAGAAUGGCAACCUGUAGCACCAAUGUCUAAAACUAGAAGUUGUUUUGCUGCUGCUGUGUUGGAUGGAAUGAUAUAUGCCCUUGGUGGCUAUGGCCCUGCUCAUAUGAACAGUGUGGAGCGUUACGAUCCAAGUAAAGACUCUUGGGAAAUGGUUGCGUCGAUGGCCGAUAAAAGGAUUAACUUUGGUGUUGGUGUCAUGCUGGGCUUCCUUUUUGUAGUGGGCGGACAUAACGGUGUUUCCCAUUUAUCAAGUAUUGAAAGAUACGACCCUCAUCAGAAUCAGUGGACUUUGUGUAGACCAAUGAAGGAACCUAGGACAGGAGUUGGUGCUGCAGUCAUUGAUAACUAUCUUUAUGUGGUUGGUGGUCACUCAGGGUCAUCUUAUUUGAACACUGUACAGAAAUAUGACCCUAUUGAAAACACAUGGCUGGAUUCCGCUGGCAUGAUGUACUGUCGGUGUAAUUUUGGAUUAACUGCACUUUGAGAAGUGUGAACUCAUGGACACAAUGUGAUGGUGAAUCUUGCACUGCAUGAAAAGAUGCCCAGUUUUCCAAGACCCAGAAGCUGCAUUCUUUUCUUUUUUUACUCGGAGUGGCAUGAAGACUUACUUAAAAUUGUAUUGGGUAUUUUAAAUUGAUAAGUAGCUUUGAUUACUCUUAAUUACAUAUGAACAGAUGUGGGGGGAAAGGAAGCCCUCUUGCCAAUUCAGUGGAACACUUUUUCCUGAGACUGGCUUGGUACAUGGUAGCUUGCCGUACAUUUAUAGGCAUACAUGUGAGGAGAGCCUAUAUUUUUCAUUUUUUUCUUCUCUCUUCCUCCAUGCAGUUUGCUGGAAUAGUAUAGGAGGUGCUUGAGUAUUAUAAGAAUGCACUAUUUGUUGAUAAUUGUUAGAAGUGUCCUCAUGAUACAUUGGAACCCAGUGCUUCAUUUUUUUUGUUAAACAAAGUAACUCAAGGGCUGCCUUUUUUCAGUAACUUAAGGUUUGUAAAUAACAAUUACCAUUGUAGGUUGGCUAUACUUCCUGCUUGGGUGGAGGGCUGGGGUUAAUUGGUGAAUAUUCAUCAAUAGAUUUACGAGGCAAAUUGUACUUUUAAAAGUUUUACAAACUUUUAACUAUCAUGUUAUUUUGGGGCCAUUUUAAAAAAUUAAUUUUUACACCAUUGUUAUGUGGACAGGUUAAUGCUAGAUUAAUUUUUGUUACCCAACUAGGCUAUAUUGUUUUUUUCACUUCAAGAGGAGAAUGGAUUGGGAGUUAGUCAUAUGGUUUGUUUCAUGUUUCUUUAACAGCUCAGCAGGUUUCACAGACCGCUUCGAUGUAAGUAUUUGAAAGAGGUAUAAGUACUCCAGCCCAAGUAGGUUUUUUUCAUAUAUUUGUAAUAAUUUUAUUUUUUAAGAAUGUAUAUUUGGUUUUUCAAAGUGUUGAGAUAUAAAAAUGGUGCUAACCGUAGGUUCUAUGACGGCUAUUCCCAAUGUUCUUAUGGUAGUUCAGUAUGUGUAACGCAUGACAGUCUAAUAGUAUUUUUCUUUUUUUUUUUUUUGGUUUGACUCAUUUGUGCCUAUGAGAAAUGUCAGUAACAAUACUAACGUAUGCAAUGUUUUGUUACUUUAAAAAAAUCUAAACAGUUUAGUUUUAUGUUCUGUUUCAUAUAGUUUCUGAAAAGUGGUUCAACCAUUUUUUCUUGUGAUAAUCCUUGCCCUUAAAAAAUGGAAAUAAAUUAUAGCAAGUAAAAAACAACAGGCAAUUAUAUAUUACAACAAACAUAUCCUAUAAAACUGAAUAUUUAACAUUAUUGGAAAAAAAACUGGAAUUCUGAUAUGUUUACGUCAGUAAAUUUGAUUUUACUUUGGCUGUUAACUUUUAAAAUCAGCAUUGUUUGCUUAUAGCCAGAUGAAACUUAAUUGAAAUAAGCAACUGGAUUUACCAUAGUGUUUUUUUUAAUUAAAUAUUUGUUAGUCUUAAGCAAGGAAUCACAUUUAACUUGCAUUUAUUAUGAUGUUGGUACUUACAUUACCAAGUUUGGUACUAUAGUCACUCUAGCUCCUUUCUCCUUGUCAAAUUAAUUUCUUCAUCUUCUCAUUUCUCUUUUUGUUAUUCUUGAAGCCACUGUAUAUUUUUACCUCAAAAACUCAUCACAUACAGCAUUCUUAAGUGCCAUAAUGUUCUAAACAAUUGUUAAGCCAUCUGUAAUUCUAUUGCAUAAUAGGUGAAUUUUUAGUGUGUGUAUAUAAUAUGUUGCAUUCUUUGAAAAACUAGUUGCACCUAGGUAACCUGCAAAUUUCCUUGUUCUUCCAUACACUUCCAGAUGUGGAUCUGCAUAUAUAUCAUAAAACAUAGCAUCGUGUUUCACAGUUAUUUGCACAAACUACAAAAUCUUGCAAGUGAUUUUCCCUUGGCUAACUUAGAAUACAACAGGAGCUACAAAUAAUAAAAUUGACAGGCUAGAUAUUUUCUGCAUUGCUUAUUGGAAUGAUCAAAUGAUAUAUAGCAAUAAUACUACUUAAUCAUUAAUUUUAUUGUCUUAUGAUUGAAGAAGAGUACACCAAUUGUGAUGGGCACAAAUUUUAUUUAAUAAAAAGCAAUUUAAAAUAGUUUCCUUUUGAUUUAAAGUUCACUUUACUUUUUGUUUUUUUCCUAGCCAAAUAAUUAGCUAUGCCGUGUUAGAAAGAACUUGGUUUUUUAAAUGACUAAUUCAUUUUUCUUACUUUUAUUAGAAGAUGGGGUAUUCAAAGGAGAUUGUGCAGUGUAGACCAAUCUUUAUAAUCUACUUUAUUAUAUAAUGGUUUUAUGUAUGUGCUACCCCAGCUCCCAAAAGAAUUAACUGAUCUAGUAGAUCAAAUGAAAGAUGUUUGUUAGCAUCUCUUGAAAAUAGAAUUAGAGAUUAUCCUUUGAAGAUACUUGUGUCUUCUACAUUGACCCAAAAUCGGGAAAUAACCCACCAAAUGUCUGUUUAAGUUGCCAGAGGAAUGCAAGCAUUUUAUGUAUCCUGGGCAUCUAUGCAUACUGCAGACAUUCCCCCAAGUUCUAAAUUAUCCAUGUAGUUAAAGAGCAUCCAAAUUGUUGAUCUGGUCUGAUAAGCUGAAAACAUAUGUAAGAUGUAAUCUCUUACUUAAGAUACUUAUGGUAAAUUGCACCUAAAAUAUCAUUCUCAUAAAGGCUGAAUUGAACAUCUUUAGUCCUUCAAACCAUAUUUUUAUUUUGUUAGAGAUAGUGAGUACCCAAUUUACCUAAACCUGUUUGGGCAGAAACAAUAAAGAUUAAUUUUUUUUUUAAAUUAAACAUCAAACUAAGAAUGAGAAGGAAAAAACUAGGAAAGGACUUAUCUAUCCAUUUUGAAAAAGAGUUUGGAAAUCAGUGAUAAUAAGCUGGUCAAGUUGGAUAUAAAUUGUUUCCAUCAAUACUAAACAAAUUAUGUUUUAUAGACCAGGCCUGGAAGUCAUUCUUUAAUGCCUUUUGGAUAUGGAUAGAAUUAGUGAUUUUCAGUAUAUCACAGUGGAUUGACGCAUAGUAAAAUUUCAGUUUAUCCUUGCUUGUAGUUCUUUUAAAGUUAAGUAAUUUGUUAUAUAAUAUGAAUGCUAGGAAAUGGCAUGAAAUAUGGAAAAAGUUAUUUAGUUAAGUAAGUGUGAUUCUAGGACCUUUCUUAAAAUGAUUAUGCAGCCUAAUUGCCAAAUUGACAGAGUAUACCAACAUAAGCACAUCUUUAAUGCAUAGCCUAAAUGUUAUAAGUAUGGAAAAGUCAUAGUAAACAAAAAUGUUUUAGGAUACAAAAUUGCCUGGAAUUGGAUAAUUUAAUUCUAAAAGAAAAAAUAAAAGUACAAUAAUUAAAACAAUAAAAAAAAAUUUAACAGCAUUAUGAGGUUGUGGCUAACAUUGUGUGAUUAGGGAAGAGAUAACAUAUGUAUGUACAGUACCAUGUUUAUUUUCUGUUUUGGUUUUGAAAUGCUGUUGUUAUCUAGUUCACCCAAGUGCACAUUUUUAGGAAAACCAGAUAAGUUCAAUAAACUUGCUGUGACUUCUAUUAAUUUGUCUUCUGUCUGAAAAUUAAGAUACUCAAAUAAGAUGUCAAUGUUGAAUUAGCAUCCAGUUCUAAUUCUUAACCACUCCCAUUUUUUUUCUUUGUAAAAGCACUUUAAAUAAGUAUGGUUAUUUUGUGGCUGACAGUGCAUUGGAUUUGUACUUAAAACAUAUUGAUUCAUUAUUAAGAUAUAGUAUCCUUAUAAUAAGUGAGAGAUUCAAUAGGUUUACAAAUUUUCUGACUGGUGUGAUUUUAGAAACAAAUGAAAAUCCAGUUUACAUCUCUAUAGAGAGAAUAAUCAUGUUAAACAUGUUUUUUAUUACAUGUAACAUUUAACUGUAGGUAAUUUAUUGUAACUUUUGUCAGGUUAACAUUUGUAAGCUCCAUUCAUUGUUUAAAACACUAAGCAAAAAGUUCCAAGUUUGCCUUAAAUUUCUAGUGAAGUUAAAUUAAAGAACUGGAUGAUAAUGCCUAUAUUUUUGCCUUACAAGUUGUGCUGUAUUUUAACCCAAGAUGAUUUUAAUUUUUACAGGAUUCUGAAACUUUGUCGAUGUAGAGUACCAAUACUUUAAGUUAUAAGGAGAUCGAUGUGGCUGUGGAUCAGAUUAUUUAAAUGUAUCUGUUACAUAUUUCACCUCUGUGUAUGUAUCUUUCAAGCAACAGGGUUUUAUUUUGUUUUGGUUUACAUAAUAAAGUGGCACUCAAUUUACUUUCUAUUA